AAGCUGUGUGCCCUGGCUGGAGCCUGCUCCUUUCCCUUGUGCUGCAUCUCUCCACUACAGGCUGGUACAGAAGGCAGAGCUGGUACGGCUGUCCCAGACACUGAGCCUGGUGCCCCGGCUGCAUUGGCUGCUGGUGGAGGAUGCUGAGAGUCCCACCCCGCUGGUCUCAGGGCUGCUGGCUGCCUCUGGUCUCCUCUUCACACACCUGGUGGUCCUCACACCCAAAGCGCAGCGGCUUAGGGAGGGCGAGCCUGGCUGGGUUCAUCCCCGUGGUGUUGAGCAGCGGAACAAGGCCCUGGACUGGCUCCGGGGCAGAGGAGGUGCUGUGGGUGGGGAGAAGGACCCACCACCACCAGGGACCCAAGGAGUCGUGUACUUUGCUGACGAUGACAACACCUACAGCCGGGAGCUGUUUGAGGAGAUGCGCUGGACCCGUGGUGUCUCAGUGUGGCCUGUGGGGCUGGUGGGCGGCCUGCGAUUUGAGGGCCCUCAGGUACAGGACGGCCGGGUAGUAGGCUUCCACACAGCAUGGGAGCCCAACAGGCCCUUCCCUGUGGAUAUGGCUGGAUUUGCUGUGGCCCUGCCCUUGCUGUUAGCUAAGCCCAAUGCCCAGUUUGAUUCCACUGCUCCCCGGGGCCACCUGGAGAGCAGUCUUCUGAGCCACCUUGUGGAUCCCAAGGACCUGGAGCCACGGGCUGCCAACUGCACUCGGGUAAGGGAAUGGAGGUGGGCAUAGAAACCUGGCUCUGGGACGGACAGGUGGUGGGGGAGGUGCAGUGAGACCCUGGGAAUGGGUAGUUUAAUCAGGAGGGCCUCUCCAGAUUUCCGAUCAGCCUUGCUGAUUCUACUGAAGGGGAAGCUGGGAACCAGCGUGGGAAAGUGGUCCCUGUCACUCUGCCCCGAGUUCUGGAAACCCAUGUGGUA